AUGGAUAAUCUCAAGGAAUUACUUGCACCAAAAACAUUUAACAGAGUCAGCCAUGCCGCAAUUGUUAUUUGGAUCCUGAUCGGUGUAAUCUUCCUUGGCAUUUUUGCAGACGCAGAAAACGGCGAAUCCAGGUAUGAUUUCCGCUGUGGCGUGGCGAAGAGUGAAAACAUCGACCUAGUCCGUGGAAAAUGUUUCGAGUUAUACCAGAAGCAGUAUAAUAGACACGCUCUUCCUACCUAUGGCUUCGUAAUCAUGAACUUUUUCCUCAUUGGAACUGUUUGUGCUAUUUACUCCCGAAUAGUGAGCCCCACAGUCGAUCAACUGUCGCUAAGCGCUUGUAACGGUGAUCUCGAGAGACAGUCGCCCGACCACGAGAAGGCUGGAAGAAAGCUGUUUAUCGCUUACUGCUGUCAACUUUUCACAAGGAUUGUUUUGGGAGUUCUCUUUAUGGUCCUACAAACUCAGGUUCUUUAUCCUCUGGACUUUCCCUCCAGCUUUUCUUGUUAUCCAACCUCUGGCGAGAACCAGCCUAGGAAUUCUACUGGCGUCAUGCAAAACUCCGCAUACGAGUGUCAUAAUCAACGAGCAGCUAAGAAAAGCUCUUGGAUGCGCGCUGUCCUUGUCAUGAACGGAAUUUUUCUAUUUGGCAUUCUGAUGGAAACCGUCUAUUUAUUUCUACGUGCGUGGAAAGAAAAUAGUUUUAUGAAAAAUUCAAACUUUCUAAAAGCUCACCUGAAACCCUCCCAUGGCAACUCGCAAAAUACGCUUCAGGAAUUCAUCGAGAAUACAAAGAAAAUUAUUAAAGACGAGACAAAUCAGCCUCCCCAACUCCGGUCGCCUUUUUCAAGUACUCCCGGCGAAGGACGCCCAGCUAAACAUUUGACUCUAGAUCAGAUUUACACAAAACUUGUCGUUGUUCCAGACAGAGCCGAAUAUGACUUUUCUGGAGACAGAUGGGAGAAACUGGCAGUCUACGCCAGAUCGGGUGAGAAAAACAUAACACCUAGAGGGCUGGAGGACAUCAUCAACAACGAAGACAGAAAAGUGUUGAUUGUUGGUCGUCCCGGAAUCGGAAAGACACUUUGCUGUUCCAAAAUUUUAAGAGACUGGGCAUUUAACAAAGUAUUCCUUAAAACACCUGAUGCCAAAAUCCAUUUUGAUGCUACUUUCUUAAUCAAAUUCAGAUCAUUCAACGCGGCAACCGACCUUAGCCUCAGAGAACUGCUCACAUUGUCAGAACAUUCCCCCUCAGAUCACAUGGAUGAUAAAGUCUGGAAUUACAUCCUUGAGAACCCCCAAAGAGUUCUCCUUAUUUUCGAUGGAAUCGAUGAAUUCAAACACAACUCAAAGAUCAGGAAGGAAAAUUUCAAGCCUCAAUUCAAAAACCGCGUUGACGAGAAGAUGCCCCUUCACGGUCUUUACGAGAAGCUUGCGACUGGGAAACUUCUCAACGGAGCUGCCGUUUUGACAACCACAAGACCUACGGCGUUGUCAUGCAUCGAACGUCUUUCUUUCGACAAAGUCUUUGAGAUCCUCGGCUUUUCAUCCGAACAAGUCGAAGAGUACGUAACCAAAUUUGCUGAAGAGGACAAGUAUGCGGGCGAAACAUUAUGGCGACACGUUCACGGUAACAUGAACGUUCUCUCUCUAUGCUACGUUCCUGCGAGUUGCUUCAUCAUUUGCUCAACUCUCUUUCAAAUGGUGAAGUUCUAUGGUUCUAAGAGUCUCAGCCUACCAACGAAAUUAACAGAUAUUUACAAGAAAGCAGUGAAAAUCUUUUACUUAAGACACAACGAAGAAUUCCGCGAUGAAGAUUUCACUCGUGAAGACUUUGAAUCGGACGAUUUGCCCCUUGUCGUUGAAAAGAAGUUCGAGAAACUGGAAAAAAUGGCAUUUGAAGGAAUUAGAGAUGGAAAGCUAAUCUUUGGAGGAAACGAAGUACGCGGAAUGGAAGGCAGCGCUCUCUUUCACCGCUUACCCGACCGUGAAACUGCUGCGUUAAAACGUGAACAACAAUUCUGUUUCAUUCAUUUAACAGUGCAGGAGUUUUUCGCUGCAAGGCACCUGGCAAACAUGAGUGAAACAGAAUUAAGGAACUUUGUUUCUAUGAACAUAGAGGACGGCAAAUGGCAGCUGGUUUUUCAGUUUCUAGCAGGACUAAUGAACGAGAAAGAAAAACUACCUAGCGAAAUCAUCACAGACCUUCUUCCUGUGGAAACUGAAGAGAAAGUAAGCCACGAAGAAUGGACAGAGGAUACGCAGGGAAGGAAAGUAACUGGUUGGCCGACUAAAGAUAAAAAACAUUUAGCAGUGACAUUAUUUAAAUGUGCUAAUGAAAGUAGUAAGAUGGAAGAAAUAGUUCAGAGAAAACUACGACAAAUUAACUUUAACUUUGUAAAUUUUGAUCGUUGUCAACUCACACCUGUUGAUGGUGCUUCAUUAGUUACUGUAAUUAAGAAUGUUCAACAAAUUUCACAUUUAGAAUUGGAUGACAAUAACUUUGGUCCAUUAGGUUGUUUUGAGAUUUGUAAGUUGUUAAAAUGUAGUAAAUCUCAACUGAGCUGGUUAAACCUCGCAGCAAAUCAAUUGACAGACGAAGGAGCAAAGUAUUUAGCUGAAGCUAUCAACAACAACAACUGCCAGCUUAGCACGUUAGGUCUCUGGGGAAAUAACAUCUCAGACAUUGGAGCGCAGCUCUUAGCUAAAGCCCUCAACAACAACUGUCAGCUACGCGCGAUACUUCUGUCAAGAAAUAACAUCUCAGACAUUGGAGCACAGCACCUGGCUGAAGCCAUCACCAACAACAACUGUCAGCUACGCACGUUACACCUUGUAGAAAAUAACAUCUCCGACAUUGGAGCACAGCACUUGGCUAAAGCCAUCAACAGCAAAAACUGUCAGCUACGCACGUUAAACCUCUGGGGAAAUAACAUCUCAGACAUUGGAGCACAGCACUUGGCUGAAGCCAUCAACAACAACAAUUGUCAGUUACGCACGUUAAUCCUCUCAGAAAAUAACAUCUCAGACACUGGAGCAGAGCACUUGGCUGAAGCUAUCAACAACAAAAACUGUCAGCUACUCACGUUAUACCUCACAUUUAAUCAUGACAUCACAGAGGCAGGUAGACGACACGCAGAGAAUUUAAUUAACAAUAGUCAGUCUAACUGUCGCCUUUUUAUAUAG